AUGUGUCCCCCGCCGGCUUGUUGCAUUGAUGAGGCGCGCGUGUGUGUUAGCGACGAAUUUAGUCCGAACAAAAUAUUUCGCAAACACAAACAAUAACACAACUUGGCACGGCGCAUUGCAAAAGUCGCAGCGUGUCUCAUUUGUCCUUCACGCCGCAGGGAGACGACACAUGUCGACUGAAGCCAAGAGGCUGUGCGCGGACAGAAUGGCUGGCAAAAAAAUCGGAACCCACAACGGAACCUUUCACUGUGACGAGGUUCUGGCCUGUUUCUUCCUACAGCAAUUACCCGAAUACAAGGAUGCAGAGAUCGUGCGGACCAGGGACUCCACGCUGCUGGCUGGCUGUGACAUUGUCGUUGACGUGGGAGGAGAGUUUGACCCACAGAGGCACCGCUACGAUCAUCAUCAGAGGACCUUCGCAGAAACCUUCCACAGCCUGCGUCCCGACAAGCCCUGGGUGACCAAGCUGAGCUCUGCCGGCCUGGUCUAUCUCCACUUUGGCCGUCAGCUGCUGGCCCAGCUGACGCAGCUGAAGGAGGACGACAAGCAGCUGGAGAUCCUCUAUGACAAACUCUAUGAGAACUUUGUGGAGGAGGUGGAUGGUGUAGACAAUGGCAUUUCACAGUGUGAUGGCGAGGCACGCUACGCCAUAUCCACGACACUGAGCGCACGUGUUGGCCACCUGAAUCCGCGCUGGAACAGCAAGAGUCAGGACACUGAGGAGGGGUUCAAAAAGGCCUUGGCAUUAGUUGGAGAAGAGUUUCUGGACCGUUUGGAUUUCUACCUGUCUUGCUGGUUGCCAGCCCGCCAGGUUGUGGAAGAAGCCAUCAAUGAGCGGCACAAGGUAGAGCCCAGUGGGCAGGUGAUGGAGUUCUCCCAGGGCGGUUGUCCCUGGAAGGAGCAUCUGUUCGCCUUGGAGAAGGAGCUCCAGGUGGAGACGCCCAUCAAGUAUGUGCUGUACUCCGACCAGAUUGGACAGUGGAGGGUCCAGUGUGUUCCUGCGGGCCUCAACAGCUUCCAGAGCAGACUGCCCCUGCUCGAGGAGUGGCGCGGCAUCCGCGACGACCAGCUGUCCCAGCUCAGCGGCAUCAAGGGCUGCGUCUUUGUGCACACCAACGGCUUUAUCGGCGGGAACAAGACGCGGGAAGGGGCCCUGGAGAUGGCCCGCAGCACCCUUCAGGCUGCCGCCAAGUCGUCUGCGAACGGCGAAUGCUGAUCGGUCUGAAAGCACCCCCCCCCCCCCUUUUUUUUUUGUUUGGGUUGUGUAGUCAGAGCUUGUUGGGGGUCACUAAUGUUCAUCUUGUUAGUCUAGGGAUGGUUUGCAACUGGCCACAAUAUUAGGUACAACUGCACAGUCAAGUACAACGAUAAGCUGCCUUUAAAGGUGAUAAUACUCAGUUUUGAUGGACACUCUCAGAGGUGUUUCUAGCCAAAAUAAGGUUACCACCUCUCAUAGUAAUGUAAUACAUGUCUACAUUCCAAACCGUAGUAACACUAACGAAAGUAGAAGAGCCCUUUGCGGGUUUUAGACCUUUGCCAAGGCCCAAAAAUGUUAAUUUGAGUCUAGACAAUAUUGCACCUUCUUGUAUACACGCAUCAUGCUCGUACUUGAAUUUUCUCUGUAAGUUAUUGUUUGAGAAAUUUAGAAAAAAAUAAAAUAAAUAUUAUAGUAAUCACAAGAUUUAACAAAAAUCCACAUCUGAACCCAUUCUCCCCCUCCCCCCUAAAAAAAAAACCAUCUGCAAUGGCCAUAUCUCAAAGGUUAAUUGAAGAAAUUGUCCGUAGGCGUGAAUGUGAGUGAGUGGUUGUUUUUCUAUGUGCUCUGCGAUUGGUUGUCGACCAGUUCAGGGUGUACCACGCCUCUCGCCCAGAGUCAGCUUGGAUAGCCUCCAGCACGGCCGCGACCCUAGUGAGGAUAAGCGGUACGGAAAAUGGAUGGAUGGCUGGAUGGCCAUAUCUGGAUUCAUACUCUAUCAGGGUUGGUGGGUUGUAGACCUCUGCCAAGGCCCAAAGUAGCUAAUUUGAGCCAAAACGAAAACUGCACACUUGUUUGCUCCUGUCCUGCAUGCCAAUGUAGUUUCUCUGUCAACUUCAUACAUUGUCAGACAAAUUAAGGAAUUUGUCAAACUAAAUACAACAUUUAAAGAAACAAACAAUAGACUGGCAUCCAAAUUUCUUGUAGUAUUAUGACUAUUUAAAAAAAGAAAAAAUUCUGUAUUUUUAAAAAAUAAUAAUGAAUACUCACAAAAUUUGAAACAAUACGCAUCCACAUAUUCCUCUGAAUAUUAUGACUAAUCAAGCAUUUUUUUUCUUGUAAUUUGAGUUCGGUUAUUUUUCAGUAAUGGUCCUGAUAUCUGGAGCAGCGCUGAAAUAAUUUCUCGUUUUCCAGUGGUCCACAAUUUUGGUCAAUCUAGUAAUUAACAAAAAAGAAAACCCCCUCCUUAGCAGAGGUAAAUAUUUUCAAGUUAAUGCAAAACGGCAUUAUCAUCUUUCUAAAGGCAGUUUUUGUUUUGAUACAGCUCUUCCAAUUGGAUCCCAUUUGAUGUUGUCGCUGAACCUAAUAAACUGCCAUUCAUUUCCAUUAAAAUGCUCUUAAUA